UGCGAAUAACUUCAUCACAAAGCUGUUUAAAUUAGUAAUUUCCACACAAAUGUAUUAUUAACUAUAGAUGGAGUGUAAGAAAAAGGAUAAUUACUAUUGAUUUCGUAGCGUUGCUUGGUAAAGAGACAACAUGGAGCAACUUAAUUCAAUACCAGAUGCUCUUGAAAACAAUGUAGAACAUAAAGAACCGCUGGACAUAAAAUCCGAACCAGAUGUAAAUUUAACUCACCAAGAAAAUGUUAUGGUUAGGAUCAAAAAUGAGGAGCAGGCUCUCCUUGAACAAACAAAUGAAUCUAAUAUGUAUUCCGAUCCAUCCUUUGAUAUGGGACACCUACAGGUUAAGGAAGAAGUUUCGAUGGAACAUGUCCCUAAUAACUAUGAGAAUGCAAAAACAAAUGAAGAGAGUCACAAUUCAAAUAUUGGAAUAUCUGAUAGUGCAAAUAAAGAUAUUACAAAUGCAGAAAAUACAGAGCUUGAAGCAAAUGCAGAUGUUAAAAACGAAAUGAUAAUGAGCGAGGACUCCCUAGUUUCGUACGAUUACCCAAGUUUUGAUGACUCGGUGAGCAUGGACAGCAAUGACAUUGCUGCUUUGGGUAAUGUAGAAACAUGUCUGCAGGAAGAAAUACAUAUUAAGCCUGAAUGUCUUGAUGGUGCUGAGGAUACACACAGAGAAGAAUAUCACAACAUAAAACAAGAAACUGAUGUUGUGACAGAAACACAUUUAAUAUCAAAUAAACUUAUCAACACCACGUCAACGGUCACCAAUCCACAGGACGGAAUGAUUGAAUCUCACACCACAAAGACUUUAGUCAUGGAAAUAUUACCUGUACCUCAUGGAGAGGUAAACAUUUCCAAAAUAGGGAAUCCAGAAGAAAUCCUACCCACAGUAUACAACGAGAUGGACUGUGAAGACAUGUUCCAAUUAAAUUCUAUUACGGGAAAUGUGUUAUCAUUGGAACAAGAAGCAUACGGUUUGUUGAAAGCCAAGAAAUCUCAGAAUCACAAGGGCGUUAUGCAUCCAUGUCUAAAAUGUACGAAGGAAUAUAAAACUGCUGCUUUGUUAAAAAGACACAUGUCCAUUCAUAGUACAAUCGAAAAAAGAGCUAUGGGCUUCAUCAAAGGACAGCUAACUAAGAAAGCAAAUCGUAAAAAACAUUUCCAGGAAAUAGAAAUGGAAAGUGAAAUGAUUACCUUGGAGACGAUAAAAGCUGAACAAUGUGAUUUAGAUGUAAAGCCAGAAAUCAAGAAGGAAGAUUAUGAAUGUACCUGCGGCAAACUGUUUCAAAGAAGAAGCAGAAUGGAGACAUGUCUACGUUCUCACAAUGAGUACGCAGAUGCUAACCCAAGCCACCAAUGUUCUACUUGCUUGAAAUACUUUAGUGACAAGAACGAUUUAGCUACUCAUCGAAAAAGAGCGCAUACUAAGAAAUUUCACUGUAAAUUUUGUCCUACAGACUACAACACGAGGAAAGAGCUAUUUAAACAUUUGCAGGCACAUCAAAAGGUUCAGUUGAUGGAGUAUAAAGUUAUAUCAGAAGUUGUGUUGGGUAAGCAGAAGUUGCGAUGUUUUAUGUGUGGGAAAAGCUAUGUUGAACUAUCAGAAUUGAAAUGUCACGUCAUGGAGGAUCACACCAGUCCGUACAGCUGUAUGCAUUGCAAGAAUACAUUUGCAAAGAUUAUUGAAUUUGGUGAUCACAUGAAGACUUACCAUCCGGAUGUAGAAGGGCAGUCGGUUUUGGACGUCCUCGAGGCGUUUUCUUUGUUAGUGAAAGCUUGGAAGUGCGAGGAAUGUGGCUUACAAUUUCACGAAGCAGACAAGCUCGCCUUGCAUCAGAUAGAGAAACACAGUCCAGAUAUUAAAGCAGAUCCGCAGUUUCAGUGUGAGGAUUGUAGAAGAGUGUUUAUUAGUCAAAAAGGUCUCACGUCUCAUAGACGGGUGCAUCACAGUGAGGCGGUUGAAGAAACUGAGCCGACCAUAAAAGGCAUAAUGUGUUUGGAAUGCAGAAAGAUCUGUAAAGACAUGGAUGCGUUGACAUCACAUAUGAGGCUACAUUCCCCGGAUAGGAAAUACCCUUGCAAGUUCUGCGAUUUCCGGUUUUCGACGCCUGAAAAGAGGAAAACUCAUGCGGAGUUGCAUACGGGGGACAUGAAGUAUGUGUGCUUUAUUUGUGAGUACCAGUGCAGUUCUGAAAAUCGGUUGAAGCAUCACAAAGGUUCUGUGAAGCAUUUGAAUAUGAAGCAGUAUUUGGCUUCUGGGGUGGCGUUUGCACAAGAACAGUCAACGACUGAAAAGUCACAGCCCGAGAGCGAAGUCAAAGGGAAUGACAUUCAAAGCAGUGAAACGGUGCCUUGCGAUGUCUGUGGAGACAGUUUUCCCUCGGAGAGGGAGAUGUUAGACCAUAAACAAACGCACCCAUUCAUAGAGUUCCCCAACGAUGAUAAACCCACAAGAAUAUUUUUCAAAUAAACCACUCUUGCCUAACUUAAGUGUUAACACACAUUUAAUAUGUACAAAAUAGGUUAAAGUUAGUAACUUGUAUUACAAAGAUGCAUAUUUUAGAGGUAUUGGUUUGGUACAGAGUUAUAUUUAAAAAGCAUAUAUUAUUAAGAGGUAUUUAAGCAAGAAGAGGUUUUGUUUUUAGAAGGUUUUUAUUGGUUUAUGUUUGAUAACAAUUUUUGUGUUUAAAACCGUUUGUACCCAAAUCCAAUAUUCUAAACUUUAUUAGUAAGGAAUAAGUUAGAUCAAAAAGGAACCAUCAAUGGUGAAAACCAUUAAUGGUGAAAACGGGCAUAAGACUUAAUUCUGAAUUUUCGAAGUAUUUAGCGAUUAUUUUAUUUUAUAUUUCGAUUUGAUGGCUAUGAUUUCGUAUUCGAAUUGAAUUUUUGAUUUUUAUAAAACGUAACUAGAGGCAAUAUUACAAGCGAUUCUAUCUACGUUCGGUGUUUCAUAAACCCAGUAUGUAACUAUUAGUUUUAUAUAAAGUUUUUUCUAUCCACAUUCGGUUUUUCAUAAACCCACUAAUAUGUAAAAAUGUUUGUUUUAUAUAAAGUUUUUACUAUUCUAAAGGGUGCAAAUGGUUUUAAACCAGAUUUUUUUUAUUUUCUUUUGCCAAUAGGCGUGCAAUAUUGUCUUGGGAGAGAGGGAUACUUGAAACCAUUAAGGUUGCCUGUGAUUUGACUAUAGUUAGAUAUAAAGUAAUAUGCAGCUUCGUAUUAUAUCGGCAGUCUAGUCUAAAUCAUGUUACUUUUAAGCUGUAUAAUGUACCUAUCGUCCAGUUUUUAAUUCGAGUCUGUAAAUUGAAGCCUAAAUGCUAAUUAAGUCUCUACUUUAAAAAUGUUAUAAUUAACAUAAACAUAUUGAAUUAUAAUUAAUAUAAAAGCUGUGUACAUAAUUACACAGG